AUGGCCGCUCUCCGCUCUACCUCGACCCGAGUUCUCGGCUCGUCCGUCCGGACGAUGGCCAUGCGCCCCGGCGCCGUCUUCACCCGCUCAAUGGCUUCGGUCAGUGACGCGCCGGCCGAGCAGCAGCCGCGCAUGAAGACCUUCUCCAUCUACCGAUGGAACCCCGACACGCCGAGCGAGAAGCCGCGCAUGCAGUCGUACACGCUCGACCUCAACAAGACGGGACCCAUGAUUCUGGACGCCCUGGUCCGCAUCAAGAACGAGCUCGACCCAACCCUGACCUUCAGACGCAGCUGCCGCGAGGGUAUUUGCGGCUCCUGCGCCAUGAACAUCAACGGCCAAAACACCCUGGCCUGCCUGUGCCGAAUCCCCGCCGAGUCCGCCUCCGAAGUCAAGCUCUACCCCCUGCCGCACACCUACGUCGUCAAGGACCUCGUCCCCGACUUGACGCACUUCUACAAGCAGUACAAGUCGAUCAAGCCGUACCUGCAGCGCGACACGCCUGCGCCUGAUGGCAAGGAGUACCGCCAGAGCAAGGAGGACCGCAAGAAGCUGGACGGCCUCUACGAGUGCAUUCUGUGCGCCUGCUGCUCGACGUCUUGCCCCUCGUACUGGUGGAACGCGGAGGAGUACCUCGGCCCCGCCAUCCUGCUGCAGUCCUACCGAUGGCUCGCCGACUCGCGAGACGAGCGCAAGGCCGAGCGUAAGAGCAACCUCGAGAACAACAUGAGCCUGUACCGGUGCCACACCAUUCUCAACUGCACGCGCGCCUGCCCCAAGGGCCUGAACCCUGGCAAGGCCAUCGCCGAGAUCAAGAAGCAGAUGGCCCUGGGUGCAUAG